AUGGGGACUGCGGGUGAAAACGCUAACCUAAAUAGCAUUUACAAUGUGACUAUUUUCAUAUAUCAGACAGUCGUUGCACACUCACAGGCGUUUUACCUAACCAUAAAAGGUGUGUGGAACUACACAAUUGAGUCGUAUAUUCCUAUCGUAAAGGAUUUCCAGGGCUUCUCGGAUGUGUACUACAAAAAGGCAGUCAAGUUAUAUAACGAAGCACAUCCCAAACCGGGUUUAUUCAGCAAAAUCGCCGGUAAGCAGAAGGAUGUGCCCACAUCCGAGUUUAUCAUGAAGAUAAUGGAAGGUCUUGCUUAUGCCUGUGUUCCUCUGAUGCUGGUGUUGUUCAUCGCUUUGAUGAUUGCCUUUUUAUUCCCAGUGAUUCUGUUCGGGGUUCUUAUGCCGGACUUCAUCUAUCAUGUCUGGAUUCGUCUCUUUAUCUUCUACUACCCGUACGCCAUGGUGUUCCCGGCGGACUUCAUCAUCGAGCUAAAAGGUCUGUAUGUACUCGUGCUGGGAAAAAAUUGGCUAGAGUGUUGGAUGGUACUGAGAAAAGGAAUAAUGGGGAUCGUAACGGACUUCCACGAACUUUUUUAUAACACAGUUCUCAUGGGACAAAUGGUUUGGUUAAUAUCCUUUAUCUUAAUGGUCUUAAUGUGGAAGUGGUUGUGCUUUUUUGUUAUCCGCAAAAAGCGAACGAAAAAGAAUCUAGUAAAAGUUGAAAGUACCCGCCGCGAUGAAAACAAGUCGAAACCAAGGGGGAAAUCCAAGAAACAGUAA